UCGAAGUCUCAGGAAGCCCUUCCAAGCGUAGCCUUGAAUUCGCAGGGACAUAGCUUCCUGUCUGUCCCUCUAUGUGCUUUCCUCCAGAAGGAGUGCGUUCGGUCCCGUAGUUGUGCCCUUAAGCGAAGGUGAUGGCUAAUCAAACGUCGAAUGGGAGGUACAUCCCCCCAACUCCAUCGGCGACUACGAGGGCCAAUGAUAGGCUUAGAGAAGCUGUGGGCAGAUGCUACGCUCAGGGCGAAUGUCCUGAUGACGCCUCGCUGGGGGAAGUGAUAGAGGACGCUGAGGGAAAACGUUUUGUGGUGGAUGGGCGUGUUAAUGCCGUCAAAGAAGAGUGGCUCAAAGAUCAUACAGUCAUCAUCACUUUCCUUGGAGAGGCGAGGAAUCUCUCAAGACAAAUCAAGGAAGACCUAAUCAGGGCUUACGAAGAUGGGUGGUUCGCGAAGAAAUUGUUCGGUGCAUCGGCGGAGCGAGGGAGAGUCAAAUUUGAAGGAGCCAACGUUGCGUCUUAUGUAGCUAGGUCGGAGCAAAUUGCAACCUGGCUGCUCCAACAGAGAGAAUUGAAGAUUAAACUUCAGGAGACUGAGGAGUACGUCGUCUCGUUCAAACCUUGGCUCCCUCUACAGGAGCUCAAGGAAAUGAAGCUACAGGAGGCCGAGUUGAAGUUUUGGAUCAUUGCCUUGAGAGUGCCCUUAGAUGCUUACUUCUACUUGAGAAGUGCAGUCCAAGGCGUGUUCGGUGAAGUAAUAGAAAUGCAUCCGCCUGAGUACGAUAGAUCCAGACCCCGACUGAUGAACGUCAAGUUAGAGAUGUCUCCAAAAGUCAGAGGAAAAAUUGAUGAUGUGUUAAUUAUCGAGUCUCCAGCAGGGGAGAAAUGGAGGGUCGAGAUUGCGUCUCCAUACACUAAUUGGUGUAGGCGCUGUAGGUGGUAUUUCCACACGGAAGCAAAUUGUCUCAGAACACGGCAAGGCGAAGAGAAGGGCGCGAAUGCAGCUGUCAGAUCCGGGGGACACAAAGUGAGAUUUUUUCGACAUCAACAAAGGCAGGAACAACAGGUCAGGAACCACUCGGCUAGCAGGUCUGUCAGAGGAGAGGCGGUGGAAGCGCAGCAGGACGUAGCAGAUUGGGCAACGUCGGGCACGAAUAGUGAUAACCAUGGAGGACGGUGCAAUGAACCGGAACAAACAGCGGAACGGCCUGCCCCACACGGUGAACUGUCGAAGACCUCGAAUUCGUCCAACUCGAGAGUUAGAUGGGGGAGUGAAUGGUACGAGGGGGAGAAGCGCUCUCAGCGCUCAGAGGGGGAAUGCUCUUCGAUGCUCAGUUCGGCGGCGUCCAAGUCACCUAGGAAGGGAGAGGCUUUGAGAGGUGAGGUAGCGAGUUCGUUUCAGGAUAGAAGGGCCGAUACUGUGGAUAGGAGCCAAGCCGAGAAAGUUCAAAGGAGACUUGUCCCAAUUCUGUGCACUAUGGCAAAUGACGGGGUGUAUUUCUUAGCGUUGGCUCAAGCUGACGGGGCGCCCACGUUGCCCUCUGUAGAUGUGGAUCACUCCCCUACGCCAUCCGAGAUCGCUGAGUUCACUAGGUCCUUGUAUGGUCAGCACGUUCCAAUACGUCUGAUCCCGCGCUCCACAAUGGUGAGUUUGAUUGUGGAAUCAGGAGGGAGAUUCUACAAACUCUACUUUCCUCUGCUUGACGCUAGAAUUCCUUCGGAAUUGGCAACCCCCCUGACGCAAGCAGGGGUGAGAUGGAUUCAUAUGUUUAGAUUAUCGGAUAGGUUCACAGAGGAGCUAGAGCUCAUCAAGAUUCUACCUGAUAUCUCGACUCUUAUCCUUCGAAACGUCAACAAGAAACUGCAGAAGGACGAAGACUUGCUGUCCCCCUUCCUUGCGAAAGCACUCACCGCAGACUGGCAGGUGCUGUCGGAAUCGAACUCUUCACGGGGCAGUUCACGAGACAGGUCCAGAUCUUCUCGCAGGUCAAGAGGCACAAGAGCUUCCGAGGCGGAGGGCGAUUCACCCCUUCCCCUGGAGGUAGUUCAGUCACACUCUCGUAUCCAAGAUCAGACGGGAACAGUUGGUUUGGAUGGACAAGCUUAAAUUGGGUUCUUGGAACAUCAGAGGGCUUGGAGACACUAACGGAAGGAACAAGAAGAGAGGUAUCAAGUCAUGGGCCCACGAG